CUAGUCCACCGCCCUCUCUCUCGCUUUCUUCUCAAGUCCCAACUCGCGCGAAGCGGAGAGCGAGAGGCGAGAGCGAAGUGAAGCUUCUUCGUGGCGCGCGCGCCUCGAGUUCGUCUCUUCCCUCCCGCGGCCCAGGCAGCGCCGGCCGGCGGCGCUCUCACCCUCCUCGUUUCGUGGCGCCGCGGCGGAUCAACGCGCUUCUCAGCACUUGCUGUCAAGUUUGCCGGCAAUUGGUUGUGCCGUCGCCCUUGUCCUUCUGAAUUGGUUAUGUGAGCUGGGGAUGUGAGUGACAAGGCUUCGUCCUGGAUUGGUGGUUCGCUAGUUGCUGCAGUUCUUGUUUUUUUUGGGGAAUACUGGUUGCUGCAGUUCUUGCAUAUCCUGAUAGUGGAUGUUGGGUUCCGUGUAAGGAAAUGUCUGGCCAAGAGAGAGAUGAUGUUCCAAUGCUAGAGCUACAAAGAUUUCCUACUAGAAGUGUAUCGAUGUGUAUACCUGUCAGGGAUGAUAUAUAUGAAGACUCAAUCAUAUCCCACAGUGGUCCUAUUUUCACCCCAGCACCAACUCAGUAUACAUCCGUGGCUAUUCCAUCAGGAAACAGAGACAUGCUCGAUAAGCUGCCUCGUCCAAAGGUUAAGAGCAAACCACAUGUUGUUACGCCGGAAGAAGUUGGAAUAAGUAACUGGCCUUAUGACCAGCAUGUUCCGAAGAACAAACACCUGAUGAUGUACUCUGAGCCUCUGGGACUGUGUGAUAAUCCUGAUUGUGUCGACUGUCCUCGUGCUUGUAAAAACAAAAGGCAUUUCCAGAGAAGUUUAGCUCCGUUUGAUAACAAGUUUCACAACAUUCUUUAUGGCUACGGUGAUCGAUGGAAGAAGAAAGCUGGGCAUUACCUUUCAUACAUUCCAAUUAUGAAGCCACAUGAUAAGGCUGUUCAUCGGUGGAACCAGUUUUUUGUGAUAUCAUGCUUGCUAGCCAUAUUCAAUGACCCUCUGUUUUUCUUCCUAUUGUCAGUAGAUAAGGAUUAUAAGUGUAUAGUGUUCAACUGGAAUUUCGCGAUAGCAUUAGCUGUUGGAAGAAGUGUGACUGACGCCAUAUAUUUUUUACACAUGCUUCUUCAGUUCAGGCUAGCAUAUGUAGCACCGGAGUCGAGAGUAGUGGGAACUGGAGAUUUGGUUGAUGAGCCUAUGAAAAUUGCUAUGCGCUAUCUUCGUGGGUUUUUUGUACUCGACUUAUUUGUUGUUCUUCCACUCCCUCAGGUGAUGAUAUUGCUAGUUAUCCCUAAAUAUGUGGGAUUAUCAAGUGCAAACUAUGCAAAAAACUUGUUGCGUGCUACAGUUCUUCUUCAGUAUGUACCACGUAUUAUAAGAUUUGUGCCACUGCUUGGUGGUCAAUCUACAAAUGGAUUCAUUUUUGAGUCAGCAUGGUCUACUUUUGUGAUCAAUCUUCUAAUGUUUGUUUUGGCUGGGCAUGUCGUUGGUUCAUGUUGGUACCUCUUCGGACUACAAAGGGUUAAUCAAUGUCUACGGGAUUCUUGUGCUGCAUCAAACAUAUCAAAAGCGUUGUGUAAUAAUUGUACAGAUUGUGGAAUUACUGGAAUAAAUAGGACCAAUUGGUUGAACAACUCAGACUUAACUGGCUGUUUUGAUACUAAAAGCGGUAAUUUCCCUUAUGGCAUCUACCAACAGGCAGUGUUGCUAACCACAGAACCUGGACUUAAGCGUUAUAUAUAUUCGCUCUUUUGGGGGUUUCAGCAAAUUAGUACAUUAGCUGGCAAUUUGAUCCCAAGUUACUUUGUAUGGGAAGUAAUAUUCACUAUGGCUAUUAUUGGACUGGGGUUGUUGCUUUUCGCAUUACUCAUAGGGUCCAUGCAGAAUUUUCUCCAAGCUCUUGGAAAAAGGAGACUAGAGAUGCAAUUAAGAAGGCGUGAUGUUGAACAGUGGAUGAGCCAUAGGCGGCUGCCAGAAGAUCUGAGAAGGAGGGUUAGAUCUGCCGAGAGGUUCAGCUGGGUAGCUACUAGAGGAGUGAAUGAAGAAGAGCUUUUGAGCAAUUUGCCAGAAGAUAUUCAAAGGGGCAUACGCCGCCAUUUCUUUGGGUUCCUUAAGAAGGUCCGGCUGUUUAACCUGAUGGACAAUGCAACCUGGGAUGCAAUUUGUGACAAGCUAAGGCAGAACUUGUAUAUUACAGGAAGUGAUAUUCUUUAUCAGGGUGGUCCUGUUGAAAAGAUGGUUUUUAUAGUCAGGGGUAGAUUGGAAAGCAUCAGUGCAGAUGGAAAUAAGUCUCCCUUGCAAGAAGGAGAUGUUUGUGGUGAGGAACUCCUUUCCUGGUACUUGGAGCAAUCUUCAGUGAACCGAGAUGGUGGGAAGAUCAAGUUGCAUGGCAUGCGUUUGGUCGCCAUACGUACUGUCAGAUGUUUAACAAAUGUUGAAGCUUUUGUACUGCGAGCACGUGAUCUGGAAGAAGUGACUUCACAAUUUUCAAGAUUCUUGCGCAAUCCACUUGUGCUAGGUACAAUCAGGUAUGAAUCACCUUACUGGAAGAACCUUGCAGCAAAUCGCAUCCAAGUCGCAUGGAGGUAUCGGAAAAGGCGACUGAAGAGAGCUGAGAUGCAAAGGUUGCAAUAGAAAUCAAGUCGGCAAUUUUCGGUUGUACAAUCACGAUCUACGGGGUAUGCAUAGUCGGACGUCAUAUAGCGCCAUGUGCACAAUCGGCGUAUGCAUAGUUUGAUACUUGGAUGUGCAUAGCGGACUUUAGCCAUUCCACUAUUUCUUGUGUGGGGGAAGUAGGCUGUUAGUUUUGGUCUUGUCGGUUUUGUGCAGGUUCACUAAUUUGUGUUUCCUCCCGUAUAAAAUGAGAUGUAGAAGACAGCCGAUGUACAUAAAAAGGAAAAGAAGUUCCCUAAAAACUGUA